AUGCCUGUGAGGCGCUCUUCGGAGCCUGAAAAGAAGCCCACGAACGGCUCCAGCGCAAAACCUGCUGCGUCUUCAUCUUCAUCUUCGGCUGCGAUUCCUGUAGCGCGCCAGACUGAGGCGGAGCGCCGAGAGCAGAUGGAGCGAGUCAUGCGUCUCAAAGCACAGCGGGCGGCCGAGCGAGCGGAGAAGAUGGAGAAGGAGGGCAAGACCCCGAAGAAGAAACCUGCUACACCCAGGAAAAAGACGACAACUACUUCCUCAAGCACUGCUAGAGACACAAACACCAGCGCCACCGCGUCAAACACCUCGACUCGAAGAGGACCCGGCAGAGGUGCCAGUGGUGGCGGACGGGUGUAUGAGGCUCCGCCAGCAAAGCCCCGUAAGAAAAUGAGCUUCAAGGAGUUGAUGCAGGAGGCAGACAAUAUCAAGGCCGAUGAUCUCAAGAUCGGAAUCAAGGUGGCCAAAAAGAAGGAGGUCGCCAAAGAGCGGGAGCGGGAGAAAGGAGCUAGCGGAUCGGGAGAGCGAGAAGCUCGUGCUUCUCCCAGUGUUGGAGGUCGACCUGGAGCCACAGCUAGAGGUACUCCCUCCAAGCCCUCCAGAUCUGAUCGACCUACGCCUUCGGACCGCCCCACUGCUGGAAAACGACCACCUUCCACUGCCAUUCCUGAAUAUAAGCCUCCUUCGACUUUCAACAAGCCCAAGGAGGAACUGCUGAGAAAACGAAGACGAUAUGACGAGGAAGAAGACGAUAGCAUGGACGACUUCAUCGACGAAGAUGAAGAGGAGGAACAACACAGAGAUGUGGGAUACGACCGAGACGAAAUCUGGAGACUCUUGAACCGUGGCCGGUCCAGACAGCAGUACUACAACGACUACUCGGACGACGAUGACAUGGAGGCUGGAGGAGAUGAUAUCUUUGAGGAGGAGGAACGAAGUAGCAAGCUGGCGCGACUGGAAGAUCGACGGGAGGAGAUGGAGGAGAAACGACGGGCCGAGGAGAAACGACGUCGUCUGGGAAAGCGGUAG